GGUCCUGAGCCAAAUUCUUCAUUAAGAUGCUCAAAAAUAUCACAUAUAUGUCAAGUCGCUGUUUGAGAGAGACUCUGGAAGGACAGUCGUGUCUAUAUUUGGGCUUUUUAGUCAAGAGAUAUAUCUAAGAUAUUUCUUCUUCGCUGGUUUUCUGCUGUUCCUUGCUCUGUUUUCAGGGAUUAGCUGGCUAGCAUGGCUAGCUAGCAUUCCAUGCUAACGCGACGUGGGUGUUCUUUCUUCACUUUAGCUAGCUCCGGCUAGCAAGCUAACACGCUACGAUAGACACCCAAGUUUAGAAAUAUACACAUAUUGUGUGUGAUUUAUUUUAUUUGAUGGUUGACACGUUGACUGUCGCGUCACAAUGUUGUUGUUUUCUUCGGUUUACGUGAUUUGUUUAAUGCUAGCUGGACAAACUAACCCAAUAACCGCUUGCUAGCUAUCUCCCACGGUAGGCUAUAGAUAGCAGUAGGUUAAAGCAUGCUAGUUAUGUCGAAGCUGUGUUUGUGCACCUCUCAGCAGAAGGUGAUGGAGUUUGUGUAUUUGCUCGUCUGGUUGUAAAAUAAAAAACAUGCAUGUUGACAGUUGUUGAUUGCAAAUAUGAUUCCGGAUUUAUUGAUAUCUUCAAACAUGCCAUUGUGGUUUGAAAUCGUUUAUGUUAGGCGGUAAAGUAUUAACGGUGGUUAAAAGAUCUGGUUGUGAUCCAGUCUGCCAGUUGGUGCAGAAGCAAGGUUUUCCUCUGUUUAAUGAGCCAGACAGUCAACACAUUAUGUGAUAGUAUAUCAUAUUGUCAGAUGAAUCUAGCAUGCAUGAAGGAAUUAUGAUUUUAAAACCUUGAUAAAUGUGUGAUUUACCUAUGUUGCUCAUGCAUCAUUUAAACGUAGAGCUGCCCAGGUGGGUGGUGUUGCUGUUUAAACUGGGCGAGGUGUUGGGCUGCGAAAUUCUGACUCAUUCUGGCUCGUUUACGGUAACGUUGGGUUACUCAUUGUCACGACACAGUUGACAGCACUGCUGCUGUGUGUGUAUCACCUAGCUAGGUGAAGCUAUGAAGCAUAGGUACUGUGCAUGUGAGUAGCAUUUUGAGCUAUUGCACACGAAUGCACGAGCUAAUAACCGGUAACUUUAGCUUAAUUUAGGUCAACAUUCCCAUUGAUUGAUUCACGAUUCGACCUCUUGUCGUUACUGUCUUCCCUCAACGCCAUUUGUGUAGUAUGGUGUAUAAUAAGCACAGUAGGGUGGUUGUCAUUAGACAUGUAUCGGCUGAGGCGUGGCUGGCAUGAAGCCGGGUAGUCGUCGCGCCAAUAGGAGGAGAAACCACGUGGUGGAAUCCAGAUUGGGCCUAUAGGAAAGUUAGCAACAUGGCUAACUGCACAACACACAGCAGCACCAGCACGUCUUCGCAAACCGUGUCGGUAUGUGUUUGGUGUGACCGAGCGCUUGAUAUAUGUGUGUUUAAUACAAUCCAAUGCUGAUAUGUCGUGUGUGUGUGUGUGUGUGUGUGUGUGUGUGUGUGUGUGUGGACACAGCAGACACGCCCCUGUGCCAUUGCAAAUGUGUCCCACAGUUUGAUCAGACACACUAACGUUUUAUCAAUGGGUAUGAGCGUUGACAUUCUAUGAUAUAUUGCUGGUUUGUUCAUGUUUAAAGCUGGUUUUCUACAGCAGGGUGACGUUAAGGGCUGCAGACAUGUGACCUUAGCUUGAGAGUGUGGGUCCAAAAUGGAUGCAGUUUGCUAUGCUAGUCUAGGCUGAUGAUGAUGAUGUUGUUGGUUUUUACCUAACCCUGCAAACAAUAAUCUUUGAGAACCAUUCAUCAGCUCAGGAGAAUAUUAUGUAGUUGUGUGGCGCUAAACAUCCACGUUUCCUGAUGAGUGCUCGUCACUUACACUUAAUGGUUGAUAAUGUGAAAACAGUGGUGUCUUCACAGAUGUCUUCUGUGUCUCUGUAGUCUAUGAACAAAAGGACUGUGAUUAUGUCGUCGGGACUAUCUCGGAUUGUGGUUGAGAUUUAAAAUUCAGAGCCUGCAGGCCAGUAAACUGCAUAUAACAGAGGAGUUAACACAAGUCACAUUGAGAUUUUAGCAAAAGCUGAGGAAUCGGUGUGUGAAUGUGCAUUAUAAGUAGUCCUUAUAAGUAUCCAUGUGCUAUGUGUAUUAUGGCAUUUGCAAAGUAUCGUGACAUCUGCAGCAGACCAUGUAGAUAAAGCCAGUGACUCAUGUUUUUUUUUUUUUUGUUUUUUUUUAACUGACUUCCCCAGACAGUAAAUGUUGCUUAAUUCUCAGCGUAGAUGGUGUUUGGGGAAAAAGUCCAUGCUCAGUAAGCAGUUGAAUUUCUUCUGGAACGUGAGCUAGAUUAGGCUUUGGUUGGGGGUAUAGUUGGGGAUAGAGGAGGACCAGAUUUGCCAUUAAGACUGGGGCUAAAGGAAGGCUUAGUUUGGUCUCAAGAUAAGCUGAGAGGAGGUCUAGAUUUUGUGUGGAGACUGGGGCUAGAGGAAGGCUAGGUUUGGCCCAGUCAGAACUGGGGCUGAAGAGGAGGAGGAGGAGGAGGAGGAAGUUCGUCCAGAACUGCAACAGUUGAAUAACAAGAACCGGAUACGGCGCUACCACUUAGCCUCUCUUCUAUUACCUGGUUGUCCCUUGUGGUAUUGCAGUGAAAAAUCCCCCCGCAAAAAGCAUUUUCCCCAACAUGGUAAAAGAGACGUCUGUAAAACUAUUGACAGGACUCGACCUGCAAACAAGGUCUGGUAUGAAUUUUUGCUCCAUGGAGGUUUUAUACUUCCUUGAACCAAGUAAAAGUAUUUAAAAAUCUUUGUCAUUAAAAUGUCGUGUCUAUGAGUCCAUCAGGAACUCGUGGGUGGGGCCAGUGGGAGAAACCCCACUGCGCAUAUUAAUUUGAUUCUCAUACGUUUGAAGUAAACCCGGAAGCUUGAAACCUGUUUUUCCUACAUGCAACUAACUCUCAUUGGACUGAAUAGGAGCCAUCUUGGGGGUAUCCAGUUCUUAAAAUACAUCCAUAUGUAUUCACCCUCUGUAGGUGACGUGACCACCAACUUCUUUUGCAAAUAUUCCUGCAUGCACUCAGCGGGAGUGCAUGCAGGGUUACGCAACAGUUGAAGCCACAUGUUUCACUAGCAGUGGAGCUGGUAGCUGGAUCUCAGACCAGCUCAGAUGACUAAACUGUGUGUGAAUUGGGGGGGGUGUGUGUAAGGUUGUGUGUGCCUAGCUCGCACAACUCUCCUAAAAUACAGAUUCUUGCAAAAAGAAAAAGUGGGCUCUCUGGCUUUUUACUAGUUACACUAUGUAGCGCUUCAAACUGUUCCCAGGGUUUGUACUGAUGUCUAAUUUUCGUUAAUUCUGCAGACUACAGUAAUGAGUGCGGUGUUGACGCUGGGCGUCACUGGCCCAGUAGUUGUUUAAUUAAGAAGCCAGCCACGUCUCACUACUCCAGGGUAAAGCAUCCCACAGCAUAUAACACGAUGUAUGCAGAGAAUACAAAUAGCCUGGGAUUUUCAUCUGGCUGUAUGAGUUAGAAUCCAUUAUCUUUUACCAGCCGCCACAGUGACAGCUGGUAUUUGUUUUCACCUUUUUGAGUCUGUGUGUGUGAGUCAUCGAGGCAAAAAUGUUGUCCUGGAGACACCUGCUGCAGCGGGAACUUCCACAGAGGGUAUUUUUUAGUACAUAGCCAGGUGUGUCUCUCUCUGUGGACGGAUGCUUUCACCGUGAUGGUGUCGCAGCUGUGCAAGACACUUCACAGGUGUGUGGUUGAGAUCGUGAAACGGAGGAGGAGUUCGGAGACGUAGGUGCACUCUUACAGGCCCUGGGUCGAUUUAGCGUCCCGGUUGGUGGGACAGUAUUUUCCGUAGUCUUUGUGUGUUCAUGGUUACAGCGUGAUUUCCUCCUCGUGAGGAAAGAAAAAUCACCCAGACUCAUCAUGACUCAGGCUUUUUACACUGCUGCGUGUGUGUGUGUGUGGGAGAGAGAUAAUGUUGGUCUGCGCUAUAAAUACCAAAUGUGUCGCUAUUACAAGGACCGUAUAACGGAAGGAGGAUGACUACACUGGAGUCAUGAAGUGAUCCGUGGGUCAGUGGGGUGACACUGUCUUCCUAGUUCUAGUCAUUCUGACAAACACUGCAGCUCAGAGGGUUUGUUCCUUGAGUUGAUCUAAUACAUUAGAAUUGUAUUAUUGCAAGUUGUGUCCUGAUUAAAUUAACUGUAUAUCGGUUGGACACACCAAUAAACGGUUACUUAUUCACUGCUAUUAUAAACGUAUAACAGUUUAUAAACCUGCUACAAACCUAGAAUAUAAUCUUGGUGUAUGAACGUCUCCUCUUUGGGUAACUCGUGUGUAGUUUCAGCCUCAUGUAACUUUACUUAUUGAGGUAAAUCAGUUUCACUCAGAUUUUAAACUCUUAAAUGAAAGAGCACAGAUUAGUACUGAUACAAUUACUAUACCCUAACUUUGAGAACACAACUCCUGAAUUAUAAAACACUGAUAUUCUGUGUUCGCAGUAGGGACAAGGAGUAUUUUGUACGACUGUAGUACCAAAAUGGUGCUGGAUAAUGCAGGCCUGACGCAUUUUAACGGGACGUUAUAUGUCAUGGAACCGUUUUAAGGUUUUGGACAUGAUUGUAACUGGAUUAAAUGAGAAAGCUUUGAUUUAUGCAGUGCUGAAGAUCAUUUAAGUGGGCGACAUUCUGACAUAAAUGCAUAUUUUUGACUUUAUUUUCCUUUAUUUUAUUUUAUAUUUCCUUUUUUGGUGUAUUUUUCAGUUCCCUUAACUCGAUGUCUCUUUACCACAAAGUUAAACACUCGACUUCCUCCACCAGAUAUCCAACAGUUAGUUUUGAUGCUGAGACGGUUCUUUUUCCAGCUGGUAAACAAAACUCGGUUCACUUUGGCCUCCGGGUGCUUGUGUUUAAUGCACACUUUUUGCUGAGCUAUAAGCACAAAACGUUAGCGAGUGGAGGUAAUGUCAAGUGUUCUCUGAAGGGGCAAAAAAAAACCCCAUCUGAUUAUCGGUUAUUUGUUUUUCUCUCAACCGUAGUUAAUUUUGCAGCGUUUUGGUCCAAAGAACUACCAACAAAUACCUCUAGAUGUUUUAAUUAUAUUACGUUAACGAUGAAAAAUCAGGAUUGGAAGCUUGUGUGUUGGAAAACUAAGUCAUCGGGUGAACUAGACCCUCUGAGGGCUGAUGUAAUGUGAGCUGCAGGUGUAACUGACCCACCUGCUGUAGGAACAUGGGGCUCGUUAUUAACACCGACCUGGAUUAAUCUUGUACAAAUGGACUGAACAAGUCUCACUGUUUGUAAUGCUCCAGUUAUGAAAAACCUAAACGUUUGGACCGUUUCACACUGUAAUGAUUUUGACGGAUUGAACUGCGACAUUUCAAUCUCAUCGACUAUCUGUCUUCUCGAGGUUGUACCAGCCGUUAACCCUCUGAACAUUAGGUGGUUUAGCUGCCGUUAUAUUUCACCCUCUGUGGCCUCGUUUUUUCACUCCAGAAGCUCAGAAUUUAAUGUUUUUACAAAAUCUAUUUAGUGUAAACGGAUUAUUUGGGACAAAAUUUAAAGUGAGACGUGUAGAAUGUGUUUGAUGAAAUAUCACAAUUUUCAGCUUCGGUCUGGCUGCUGUUUUAUCAAUGGAGGUCUCAUUGCUCGUGAUGUGUUCAAGAACCGUCGGAAACUUGAAAUCUAACUAUAGUCCGUUUUUUCCAGCGGCUGGCUACGAUUAAUGGUGUAAUUUUGGCAGUUUGUUUCAAGAAUACAUGCUUUUUAAUCCUCCAUCUUUUUGGUUCAUGGUGACUUUUAUUAAAUUAGGUUGUUAUAGAUGCUGUAUAGUAUUAGCCAGUACAUGCUAACAAGGCUUCUCUUUCUGUCUGUCUCUUAGGAAACUACGUUCCUCAGUGUAACCACACUAAGGACCUUCACAAGGAUUCAUUAAUAUUUGUACACAGGUCCACAUCCGCCUCCCCAUGCAGAACUCCAUGAAAUGAAUAAAGCACCACAGCCUCUAACAGGACCCCCCUCCAACCCCCACCCUGCCCCCUCCCCCGGCCUGUCACAGCCCUCAUUCCCCCCCGGGCAGCCCCCUUCUGUUGUGUUUGCCACCCCACCGCCUCCACAAAUGAACCCGGCACCGCAGCCUCGACAGUUUGCCCCAGGGCCCCGACCUAUACACCAACAGCCCUAUUACACCAACAGGGCCACCCUGCCACCCAGCAGUGGGCCUCGGGGCGUCCCUCCCAACAGCGGCCCUCGGCCUGUGACGCCCACCCACGUCUACCAGCCGGGCCCCGGAUCUCAGAUGAUGAUGAUCCCCGGGCAACAAUUGCCCUUCCCCAGCUCGCCGCAGGGAGCAGCCUACUUCAUACCGGGACAGUACCGGUCAGCGACCUACGUGGCCACGCCCCAGCAGUACCCGGUCCCAGCAGGCACCCCCGGCUUCUACCCCGGCACCAGCCCCGCUGAAUAUGGUACUUAUGCAGGGGCCUACUACCCCGCCCAGCCUCAGUUCACCCCCUCGGUGCAGGCGGCGCCCGUCAUUAUGAACCCAGCCCCUCAGCAGCAGCAGCCGCAACCACCACCUCAGCCCCCCCAACACAUCGCCACCAAGCGGGAACGGAAACAGAUCAGAAUAAGAGACCCAAACCAGGGAGGUCGAGACAUUACAGAGGAGAUUAUGUCCGGGGGCCGCAGUGGCUCUACCCCAACCCCACCACAGACGGGAUCAGAAGGUACAGCGGUGGUCCAGUCCAACGGUGAGAGCGUCCCAGCUGCUGCCUCGCCGGCUCUGGUUAGACCAGAUGACAGAGGAAAACCUACGCCCCCUCCUCCGUCAAAGACCCCUGAACUUGCUAAGGCAGACCACAUCCCCACAGAGGCUUCCCCCUCUGACACGAACACUAAGCCCCCCGCAUCCCCUCGACUAUCAGAAACGGAGGACGUCCCUCUCGACACUAUUCCCACUCCUGCUCCCAGUGCUCCUGUUGCAGACGUGAUGGAUGCUCCCCCAGCUCCCAGGGAAGCCACCCCACCACCACCCAAGUCGGCGCCCGAGGUGCCCGCCUACCCUGCACCCCUCCCCGGCCCUGUCCGCACCUCUGCCGCACAAGGCAAAACAGACAAGAAACCCACAGAGGCAAAGGAGGAGCUGGUGGAGGUGAAAGAGGAGGCUGAAGCGGAAGAGGCAGCUGCCUCUCCGGUCACGCCUCCCUCCACCACUAACGGUGUUGCGGAGCCAGAAAGGCCGUCGGUCGUGUUGCCACCCUGUCACCUGGAGGCCCCUCUGGAGUCUCCCAUCGCACAGCCGGAGGAGCUCCGCCUCCCCAACGGGCUGCCGCUGCCGGACCCGCGAGACCCCGAGGAGCCCGCCGCAGGUUCGACGGAGCACGACGACAGCCCCAUCGCCGAGCCGGACGUCAUGCCAACCUCCACAGUCGUCACUCAGGCGGCGCCCGUUGUGGAAGCCGCGCCCGUUGUGGAAGCCGCGCCCGUUGUGGAAGCCGCGCCCGUUGUGGAAGCCGCGCCCGUUGUGGAAGCCGCGCCCGCCCCUGUUGAUCAGCCCGACCCCGCUGUCCAGGAGAUUCCUGCCGAUGCAGUCAUCCAGGCAGAACCCACCGAGCCCGAAGUUCAAGACCCGGUUCCUCCAGUUGCCCUGGACAUCAAAGAAGACACCCCAGUGCCCUCCUCUUCCGUGGCGGUGGCCGUGGAAGAGGAGCCGUCUACUGCGGAGACGGUUUCUGCGGCUGACAGCGCCCCCGAAACAGUGUCCGCUCCCCCCUCUCCCACAGCAGAGGAGAGGGAGGACACCCCUCCUCCACAGGCGGUCACACCUGCCCUCGUAGAAGCUACUAUGCAAGCCGCUGUGUCUGUGCCAAAGAAGAAGAGGAAGAUGAAGGAUCUGAACAAAAAGGAGGCAGUGGGAGACCUCCUGGAUGCUUUUAAAGAGGAGCAGGUAGUGGCUCCACCAGAGCCCGAGCCAGCCCCCAUCCCAGCCCCAGAGACCAAGCCCCCUGCUGCUUCCCCUCCUACCCCAGAGGAUCCUGACAUGACCUGGGAGGACAAGGAGGACAAGGAGGACAAGCGGGACACUGAGAACAUUCAGCCGGAUGACAAGAAGUACCAGUACAAAGAGGAACAAUGGAAGCCAAUCGACCCGGAGCAGAAGAAGCAUUAUGACCGAGAGUUUCUUCUGGGCUUCCAGUUCAGCUCAGCCAGCAUGAGCAAGCCCGAGGGUCUGCCAGCCAUCAGUGACGUGGUCCUGGACAAGGCUAAUAAGGCCCCACUGCGUCAACUGGACCCCAGUCGUCUUGCGGGAAUGAACUGCGGCCCCGACUUCACACCCUCCUUCGCCAACCUCGGCAGGCCUGGAAUGGGAGGGGGAGGCGGAGGCGGCGGUGGUGGCAGAGGACCACCUCCGGGUAUGGGCAUGGGGGUCGGCGGUCCGCGUCGCUCUCAGCAGAUGCCGCGCAAAGAUUUGAGGAAAAUCAUCACCACCAUGUCGCUGGGCGACGACGUGCAGCUGAACAAGGCGGAGAAGGCCUGGAAACCUUCGGCGAAGAAACCCGUCCGCACCCGCGCGGCGGAGGAGGAGCAGCCUGAGGAGAACGAGUCAGAGCACGCCAAGACCCAGGAGCUGUUCAAACGGGUCCGCAGCAUCCUCAACAAACUGACCCCGCAGAAGUUUCAACAGCUCAUGAAACAGGUGGCGGAACUGACUAUUGACACUGAGGAGAGAUUGAAAGGAGUCAUAGAUCUCACCUUCGAGAAGGCGAUCUCUGAGCCAGACUUUUCGGUGGCCUACGCCAACUUGUGCCGCUGCCUUAUGGGGCUUAAAGUCCAAACCACAGAUAACCCGGGAAACACUGUGAACUUCCGCAAGCUGCUGCUAAAUCGAUGCCAGAAGGAGUUUGAAAAGGACAAAGACGAUGACGAGAUCUUUGAGAGGAAGCAGAAGGAGCUGGAGGCUGCCACAGUGCCGGAGGAGAAGCAGCAGCUCACUGUUGCGCUACAAGCCGAGAAAGACAUGGCCAGGAGGCGCUCGCUGGGCAACAUCAAGUUCAUCGGAGAGCUGUUCAAGCUCAAGAUGCUCACGGAGGUCAUCAUGCACGACUGCAUUGUGAAGCUGCUCAAAAACCACGACGCAGAGUCCCUGGAGUGCCUGUGCAGACUGUUGUCCACCAUCGGCAAGGACCUAGACUUUGAGAAGGCCAAGCCUCGUAUGGACCAGUACUUCAAUCAGAUGGAGAAAAUAAUCAAGGACAAGAAGACCUCGUCCAGGAUCCGCUUCAUGUUGCAGGAUGUGAUCGACCUCCGACGGAACAACUGGGUGUCCCGACGAGGCGACCAGGGCCCCAAGACCAUCGACCAGAUCCACAAAGAUGCCGAGCUGGAGGAGCAGAGGGAGCAAAUGAAGGUGCAAGCCCUCUUCUCCAAGAAGGAUAUGGGCGGCGGUGGCGGAGGCAGGAUGGGUGGAGGAGGAGGAGGAGGAGGAGGUGGAGGAGGUCGCGGGGGCUCUCACACCCCCGGCCGUGGCUCUCAACCCCAGGACGAGGGCUGGAAUACGGUGCCCAUCUCCAAGAACCGACCCAUCGACACCUCUCGUCUUAGCAAAAUCACAAAGACUCCUGUUCUUGACUUCAACAAUCAGUUGCUCGCUCCAGGUGGUAAAGGCACAUGGGGGAGCUGGGGGAAGGGCAGCAGUGGCGGCACCACUGCCAAACCUGCAGAAGCUGGCUCAGCCCCGGAGCCAAGCGGCCGUCCGGCCACCAGCACUGUGAACAGGUUCUCAGCCUUACAGCAGUCAGCACCGUCCUCGGCCUCUUCUCUGGAGUCGGACAGACGAGUUCCUCAGAGAAACAGCUCGAGUCGAGAGCGCAGCGAUCGCUUCGACCGUUCCGACCGAGGCGGCGACCGCUUCGACAGGCGGGACGACCGCGACCGUAACCGACUGCAGGUCACCAAGCGCAGCUUCAGUCGGGAGAACGAGGAGCGGAGCCGGGAACGGGAGCAGCGCGGGUCGGCCGAUACCGUCCGCCGGGUAGCGAGCAUGACAGACGACCGAGGCAGCAGAGACAGAGCCAGGAGCAAAGAGAACGUAAAGCGUGAGAAAGCUGCAACCCCUCCACCUCCCCCGACCCCCACCAAGCCCGCCUUGACCGAGGAAGAGCUGAUCAAGAAGUCCACAGCCAUCAUCGAGGAGUACCUCCACAUCAACGACAUGAAGGAGGCUGUGCAGUGUGUGCAGGAGAUGAACAGCGCUCAGCUGCUCUUCGUGUUUGUGCGAAACGGGCUGGAGUCGACGCUGGAGCGCAGCACCAUCGCCAGGGAGCACAUAGGCCUGCUUCUGCAACAGCUCAUUAAGAGCAACAUCCUCCAAACACAGCAGUACUACACCGGGCUUCAGGAAAUCCUGGAGGUGGCUGAAGAUAUGUCCAUAGACAUCCCCCACAUCUGGCUGUACCUGGCAGAACAGAUCACUCCCAUGCUCCACGAGGGAGGCAUCCCCAUGGGAGAGCUCUUCAGGGAGAUUACAAAGCCUUUGAUCCCUCAGGGUCAGGCUGGAGUCCUGCUGGUCCAAAUCCUCACUUUACUCUGCAAAGGAAUGAGCCAUAAAAAGGCGCGCACGAUGUGGAGGCAGGCUGGCCUCCGAUGGAAAGACUUCCUCCCCGAGGACGUGGACGUCAACAAGUUUGUGACAGAACAGGACGUGGAGUUCACGCUGGGUGACGAGGACGACAAGGAGGAGGAGGAGGAGAGCAAAAAGAAGGAGCUGAGCUCUGCAGAGCUGACCAAACAGCUGGAGAGACUGAUCCAGGACAAGGCCGACAACCAGAGGAUCUUUGACUGGGUCGAGGCCAACCUGGACGAGCAGCAGACCUCCUCCAACAUGUUCGUCAGAGCUCUGAUGACCUGCGUCUGCCAGUCAGCGGUCGUCUGUGAGAACCCCAACAAGGUGGACGGCGAGCAGAUCAAACAGCGAGCCAAGGUGCUGCAGAAAUACCUGCUGGACGAACAGAAGGAGCUGCAGGCGCUGUACGCCCUGCAGGGCCUCAUGGUGCAGCUGGAGCAACCUGCCAACCUGCUGCGGAUGUUCUUCGACACCCUUUACGACGAGGACGUGCUCAAGGAGGAGGCCUUCUACAAGUGGGAGUCGAGCAAAGACCCCGCCGAGCAGCAGGGCAAGGGCGUGGCCCUGAAGUCCGUCACCGCCUUCUUCACUUGGCUCCGCGAAGCCGAGGACGAGGACGAGUCCGACAACAGCUAAAGGGCCCCGCUGGGAGGAACUGGUGGGAGUUCAGAGAGGAUCCUUUUGGGGGGUGGGGGAGCGGACGUUCUGUGGAUGAUUCAGAAGACCCUGAAUCAGCAAAAACCUUCUGCAUAAACAGCAAGAAAAAUAAAAUCUUCAACUGGGAGAGAUUGUAUUUUGGAUCGAACGUUCGAUCAUGUUACUUUUUCUUUGGUUUAUUUUUUUUGUUAUUUGGGUUUCUUGUUUUUUUCCUUGCGCAACUGAAUGUCUUUUUU